CAUGUGACCAUGCCUCCAUGAGGCUGGAAAGAGAAAGUGGAGAAGCUCCACAGGUCUGUGUUCACUUCUUCACAGCAGCAGCAGGAUGGAGGUUCUAACGGGCCGGAGGGUUCUGCUUGUUCUGAUUCUGAUGGUCUCUGUGGAGCGUUCAGAGUGUGUGCGGUGUUUUGCACGUUUUAAUCUGACCCUGGGUCAGUGUGACGAGGAGAUCGGUGAGGUGGAUGAAGACGACUGCUUUCAGAACCCGCAUUACGGCUACAAGGCAGCAGACGGAGUGUGUCGCUCCUGUGGUCCUCCGGUGUGGUCUCCGUGGUCGCUAUGGUCACAGUGUAACAUCCUGUGUGGGAGGGGCGUGACGCAGAGGAGGAGGACGUGCUUCGGCAUCGGCCAAUGUGAGAGCGGCGCCACACUGGAGACACGCCCCUGCAACGGCAGCUGCUGCGACGGAGAGGGGUGGGGCUUGUGGCUCUCCUGGUCUCCCUGCUCGGUGACCUGUGGAGCCUUGAGUGGAGUCAGGAAGAGAGAGAGAGUCUGCUCCAGUCUGCCCGAGUGUCGCUCGGCCUGCAGCGGACCUUCAGAGGAGACAGAGAGGUGUCAGACCAGCACCACCUGUCCAGUCCAUGGCGCUUGGUCUGAUUGGUCUGGUUGGUCUGAGUGUUCUGCGUCAUGUAUCAGGGACCAUGGCGGCGCGGCCGUCCCCUCCAAAACACGAUCUCGUUCCUGCUCUAACCCCGCCCCUUCCAAUGACACGGUGCCACCUGGCAAGGGUUGCCCUGGAGACGACUUACAGACCGAGCCCUGCAGCGAACUCCCCAACUGUCCAGUGGACGGCAGUUGGGGGGCGUGGCCUCCUCCAGGGCCGUGCUCCGUCACCUGUGGCGAAGGGCUUCGUCUGUCAAUCAGGAUAUGUAAUCGCCCCGCACCUAAAUAUGGUGGCCGUCCCUGUGAAGGACCGAGCACCCAAAGCAGCGUCUGCCAGAGUCCCUGUCCAGUGGAUGGGUUCUGGACUGGUUGGUCCAGUUGGAGUGAGUGUUCUUCCACCUGUAUCUCACAAGGCCAACCUCCCAUCAGGACUCGCUACCGUACCUGUUCAAACCCAGCACCAAGCCCAUCUGGCCAAGGUUGCCAGGGUGACGACAGGCAAACAGACAAUUGCAACCAUCUGCCUUACUGCCCAGUGGAUGGAAGUUGGGGUUCUUGGUCUCCCUACUCUUCCUGUCCGGUUACCUGUGGGGUGGGGCUUCAGGUGUCAAACAGGAGAUGUGACAGCCCCGCCCCAAUACAUGCUGGCCUGCCAUGUCCUGGAGAGGGACGUCGAACCACUAUCUGCAGGACCAAUGUCCACUGUCCAGUGGAUGGUAUGUGGUCCGAGUGGUCAGCAUGGAGUAAGUGUGAGUAUCCGUUCAGUAAGAAGGACAUCAGCUGUAAGACUGUGCGCGGCAGGCAGACUCGAAGCCACGAGUGUCUUCACAGAGCUCACAACGGAUCCAUCUGCAGCGGACACGGACUGACCGAAACACGGGCCUGCUACAAUGUCGACAAAUGUGACAUGAAGGGAACCUGGCAGGGCUGGAAGCCGUGGACUCUGUGUAAGCCAGCCUGUGGACACGGAUCCAAGCGGCACAGGCUGCGACACUGUGAACCUGAUUUCAGCAGCUACAGGUCUGGUCGUUACGAGGUGGAGUUAUUUGGAAAGCCGAUCACUGACUGUGGCCCGACGCCCGACGGAGGGAAACCGUUUGAAAUAGAGUCGUGUGACAACGUUCCUCCGUGUCCGUAACGAGUUAAAGCGUUAACCAUGUGAGAUAGUUUCAGGUCAAAGGUUAAAGGUCAGCUGAUUGAAGUUUUUUAUAAUCCAUUAUCUUCAUGUGUGUGCUAGAUAAAUGUACAGUACUACAGUAAAUAUACUUAGUUACUUUCCACCUCUGUUGGUACUGUCAGGUGUUUCUGAUAUUUUGUCCACAUCACUGAAUUAAACGUCAUCACUCAGCAGUUGUGAGCAUGCUCAGUUCACCAUCACCAUAGAAACACAAACAAACAAUCAGCAGGUUUGUCCCUAUGAUCAUGAACUCUGUUCUUCAUUAUUAAAAGUGUGUGUCGUCACCAUG